GGCUUUUUCAACCAAUGCCACAGCAGUUCAGGGGUUCAGCGAAGGUGGAUCUCGGGGACACGGUGAAGUUACAUUAACCAUGAAACUUAGAGCUACGACAUCAGCCAAAUCCCCAUCCGAUUCCGCCAUAAAGAACUGAGAAGUGCGGCCGGAAAUGGCAACAUGGGGGCUGGCAAUCCCUGAAAAUUCUAUAUAUCUAAUGGAGGGGACCUGCUUCGCUUCACCGUUCCUCAAGAGCUCUGUUCUCUUCGGCUCAGAUGUGAAGUCGUCUCUCCAUUCUCUUUAUCUUCCCUGUCUCUCCAAGAAGAGUGAGCAGCUAAUAAAAUACUGUCAUCAUGCACUUGGCUUCUAUCUUAACGUGCCUACUGGCAGCGACCGUCUCUGUCUCGGCAAGCCCAGGCAGUGAAAGAACCCAAAGACGGCCUUCUCUCGCGGUCCCGAGGUGCCCCAGAAAAGCCACAGCCUCGUUUGACAAGUCCGUCCCCGAAAUGAAGGCCUUCCCCAACACCCAGGUCGACCUUUGCUGGGAGCCGACAGCAUUCCAGUUCACCUUCAAGGCCUUCGAUGAGACUAACUUCUACUUCGACCCCAAGCACCGCACAAACGAUGACAUCUGGAAAUACGAGGUCAUGGAAGCCUUCAUCUACCACGGCACGAACGAUCCACAGACCUACUUCGAGUUUGAAGUUAGUCCGAACAAUGUCACCUACCAGAGUUUCGUAUACAAUCCGUCCAAGGUGCGUAAGGAGGGUGCGCCUUUUGAUCACUUUUUUGUGAGCGACCCUGCUGCCGAUGGAUUCACGUCUAUCACGACCCUGGACCGCAAGGCCCAGACUUGGGUGUCGGAAGUCAAAAUUCCUCUGGCGUUGUUCAAUGUCGAUCGGCCUCGCCUUUCUCGAUGGAGAAUGAACUUCUUCCGCACCGUCACUUCUCCGGCCACCUAUCCGAAUCAGGAGCUGGGAGCGUGGAAUUCACCCGACGUAGCCAGCUUCCACGUAACGCCCUUCUUUGGCGAUGUUAUUCUUGUUUAGGCGAUCAGAUAAAGUGUUUUGUGUGCAGCCCGUGGUGACGAAAUGGUAUGCUGCUGCAAUCAUCAGCAUAUUCUGAUAUUUAACGGAAACGCAGUGAUUUUUCGCGAUGCUGCAUUAGGGCCAAGGAUUGUGUCUCUCAGGAUUGGAUGCCUUUUUAACUUAGAUAGCGCAUACCUACUACACCUCGGAAAGGAAAAUAUAUUUCUACGCCAUUUCUCUUUUCCUCUGUCCUCACCUAGAUCCUCCAAGCGGUAUCGUUGAAAUACAACAUUGCAUCUGA